UGGCGACUGGGUCCGUUGGGGCAGAACCAUGGAGGAAAAGCCUUUCAAAGCGUUGGCCAAGUCUUCGGGCCACCGUGGCUCAGGCAAGUCGAGCCCGCACGACAUCCGGAAUCUGUGGACCACGGCCACGCUGUCGCAGCCGAAGCUGAAUGUGCCGCUGCCUACUGUCCGUGAGGACUCGGAACUGGAGGGCAGCAGCGUAGGCGGCAAGACUCGCUGGUCUUACAACCAAAAGGCUGGCCACGACUCGGACGGUGGCUGGGAAGAAUCGGAUGACGGAGAGGACAAGGACAACUUCAAGCCAGAGGAGCUGGACGAGCACGCCUUGAUGGAGCUGGAGAUGCGCCGCGGCAGCUCCCUGGGAGGCCCUUUAGAGGAGGACGAUUCCAAGACCGACAGCGAAAAGCCUUCCUCAGUGUCAUCGCUCAAUAUCUCGAAGCACACACCCCAUCGAGCCUACUGGGUGGAGCAGCAAAGCAGGCUGCCCCUGCCCCUGACUGAACUCAUGGAGAAUGAAGCUCUGGAAAUCCUCACCAAAGCCCUCCGGAGUUACCGAUCGGAGAUCGGCCGGGACCACUUCCUGACCAAGCAGCUGCAGCGAUACAUCGAGGGGCUCAAGAGGCGCCGGAACAAGAGGCUGCAAGUCAAGGUGAUCUGAGAGCACCGCCUCGGGCUCGAGUGACCGCCCGACUCCAGCCCUGGUCCCGGAUCCAAGCCCGACCCUGUC